UCCCUCCGCGCUUUCCGUAUGUUUUCGAGACGAUUGUCAUGUGAGUCCAGGGACUGCCAAAACGUUUGGAGAAAAUUGACUUUAUCAAAUGAAUAUAUUUUAUUUUCGUUUACAAUAAAUAGCCAGAAUGCUCUCUCGUUUAUUAAAAGAACACCAAGCGAAACAAAACGAAAGGAAAGAGUUACAAGAAAGACGGAGACGAGAGGCCAUAGCAGCUGCGACAUGUUUAACAGAAGCCCUGGUGGAUCAUCUCAAUGUAGGGGUGGCGCAGGCGUACGUCAACCAGCGCAAGCUGGACCAUGAGGUGAAGACGCUGCAGGUUCAGGCCAGUCAGUUUGCCAAGCAGACGGCACAGUGGAUCAACAUGGUUGAGAACUUCAACCAGGCUUUAAAGGAAAUCGGAGAUGUGGAGAACUGGGCGAGAAGUAUCGAGAUGGACAUGCGGACGAUCACCACAGCUCUGGAGUACGUGCACAAAGCCCCGGUUCAGCCCACGUCCUCAUGAGUGGACGGACUCUGAUGCUCCAAAAUGGACAGAAACAGAGGAUUUUCCUCCAGAUGAUGGUGAAACUUGGACACUUGAGACAUUUGUGUCUCAUUUAUUCCAGUAAAGAAUUGUACAGCUGUUUA